UUGAAUUCAGAACGAACAGGUCCAUUCCGUGUCGGGCUGCCACAGAGACCGGACGCACGAUAGCGAUAGCCGUGCGGGUAGAAAACGCGUGUUGUGUGAAGUGCCAAGUAUAUUUUUGGGAUUGAAUAAAUAUUCAAGAUGAAAUCCGGUUGGCUAGCUUGGGAGUGCAUAGUUUUUGCUGUAUUUAUCUGUGCGACCUCCUGCCUCCCUUUGUGGAGACGGCGGAAAGAUGCCAAGGAGGCUGGCGGCAAUGCCAAGACUGCAUAUAUCUUCGCCGGUGGCGGGGUGUCGAUUCUAGCCAUGAUUUUGUCUGUGGCUAGAGGCACGCUUGGAGUUAGGUCGUUUUUAGGUUUUCCAUCGGAGCUGGUGUACCGAGGGUCGGCAAUGUGGGAGACACUGUAUGGCAUCAUUCUGGCCUUUCCAUUGGUCUGUUUCCUCUUCAUACCAGUGUACUACAGGCUUCAUACCAACUCGGUGUAUGAAUAUUUACAUAUGCGCUUCGGCUCUCAAUGGGUCCGAAGGCUGGCUGCAGCGACCUUCCUCAUCAGACAACUGCUGAACUUAGCUGUGACUGUGUACACGCCAACCGUGGCCUUGCACGCUGUGCUACACGUGCCACAUUGGGCGUCGGCCGCUGUGCUGACAAUCGUUACUAUCGUCUUCAAUUUACUGGGAGGACUAGCUGCAGCGAUCAGGGCUGAUGUGAUCCAAACCUUGACGAUGGUGCUUGUCAGCGGAGCCUUCAUAGUUCAAGGCACUAUCAAAGCUGGCGGUCCUCAGAAGGUGAUGGCGGAUAACAUUGAGGGGGGAAGGCUGCAGUUCUUUAAAUUCACUGGAGAUCCGACAGUGCGCGUCGACACCCUCUCCGCCUUGAUCGGUCAACUGUUCAUGUCAGUCUCCAUUUACGGUUGCCAACAGACGUUCGUCCAACGAUACUGCUCAAUGUCGAGUGAAUAUCGUGUCAGGAAGACCUUGCUAGCCAAUAUACCAGCUGUGGGAGUACUCUUCAGUCUGUCCUGGGUUGUCGGCAUGGUGAUUUAUGCCGUCUAUCGACAUUGUGAUCCGUUGAUGGCUAAAGAAAUAUCCGCUGCAGAUGAAGUCCUGCCGUUUUAUGUGCAAGAUCAGUUCGCCUUUCUCCCUGGCAUGCUUGGGUUGUUCCUUGGAAGUCUUUUCAAUGGGGCGUUGAGUUUCCUGGUGUCCAACGUGAACUCCCUGGCGACGGUCACGUGGGAGGACUUCGUGUCUGCCGCCCCCCCCUUCAGGGGCAUUGAUGAUAAACAACAGCUGACAAUUAUCAAGAUCAUUGGCAUUAUCUAUGCCAUUUUAAUCAUGGGGCUCUCCCUCUUUGUGGGUGCCGUGGGCGGUGUGGUCGAGGGCUCCCUCCUGGUCACUUCGGCGACCUCUGGCGCCUUGCUCGGAGUGUUCGUGCUGGCAGCCCUAUGUCCAGUGGCCAAUGGCAAGGGAGCUGUAUUGGGCAUGGUCACCGCUCAUGCUCUGACCACUUGGAUGGCGGUCGGGCGGUUGCUUUAUGUGGACAAGUCUGUCGCCAUGCUACCUUUGUCUGUUGAUGAAUGCCCCCUGAACUCCACCGUGAGCGUUUUCAACCCCCGCGCGCUGCUGGUGAACGAGACCCUGGUGCAGCUGCAGGCCAUGAACAUCACGCUGCCUGUCUCCAGGCCACGACCUGCCGUACCGUCAGGCCUCCACCAGUUCUAUUCCAUAUCUUACAUGUGGUAUUCAGUUAUCGGCACAUUGACCUGCGUCACCAUCGGCAUCAUAAUUGGAUACAUAACUGGUAACGAAUCAGAUGCAUACGAUGAAAACCUAUUGCACCCAAUAGUGGCAAGGAUAGCCAGAAAAAUGCCCGGCCCGAAGCGGAAAUUCACCAAUGAGAAGCCAGAGAAAAUUCCAGACGAGAAAGAGUCAUCAGAAAAGACUGAUACAUCGGACAGAACUGACGUGACUGUUGUUGAAACAAAGACAGAAGAAGAUUUUGGCCCAAAUAGCAGUAGGCAUUUUGAUGUGUACGACAUUAGGUCACCAUCACCAUUCCCUGAUAGGACCAGGUUGUGAUGGAUAGUUGUAAGAAUUUCAGUAGUUUCAUAAUGUUUUAUUUAUUGGAUCCAAAGUGUGCUAAUGUGAAGAAUUUAUCAUCUAGUUAGUGAAAUGGAGAAGGUAAUGGCAAACCACUCCAUUAAUAUUGCCAUGAAAGUCGUUGUGUGUGCUUCAUGCCACUUAAUGAACACGACCCUCAGCCAUGAGGAAUACGAGUGAAGGAACGAAGGGAAAUUUAAACUUGAUGACUGUGAUACACAUGAUUUUUGUCAAAAAAUUCUCCAUUCAAGGUAACAUUAUCAUUGUGGCCUGAAUUAAUCACUUGGUCUAUAACAUAUUCUUUUUAUAUUAUAGAGGGCAAACGAGCAUGUAGGGUCACAUGAUUGUAAGCAAACAUCACAGCCUAUGGACAUCGGAAACCUGAUAUGAGUCACCGGUGCGUUAGCGACUUUUUGCGAGAAAUACUCUUUUCUUGAAAGCCCCAAUGUCGAAAUUAUUAGGGAACACUGCUGAGUUUAUUCCAUAGUUUACUACAGCGCAGAAAGAAGUUACGUGAAAAACGGACUGUAGUUUCCAUAUAAUUCAUUUUGCCUCUGAACCGAGAGGUCCCGGGUUCGAUCCCCGGCCGGGGUCAUGAUGGAAAAUGAUCUUUUUCUGAUUGGCUCGAUUCUUGGAUGUUUAUCUAUAUACGUAUUUGUCAUAAAAUAUAGUAUCGUUGAGUUAGUAUCCCAUAACACAAGUCCCGAACUUACUUUGGGGCUAGCUCAAUCUGUGUGAUUUUGUCCUAAUAUAUUUAUUUAUUUAUUUAUAUUUAUAACUAGUAUCGACAUGACUUGCAUGUGCAUCUCCGUUCUUAUGUUUCAAUUCUCAAACGGGCAAGUAGCUUAGGUAUGUAUAAUAUUUAUUUUUGUAUAGAACAGCUGAGUUUUUUCGCGAUUUCGGAGUUACUCCCAUUCUAAAAGUUGUUUAGAAUCACGGACUGAGCAUGUAGAUAAAACAUUGCCAAUAUAGAAAAAGUCAACCUGUAUGUGUAUAUAGUGAAUCGUGCUAGCAGCUGGCGUGCAAGUGUGUAAACUACUGACACGCAUGUAUUGCCCUGACGCGAUCCACUUUGCGACCUAAACUGAUCUGUAUGCCAAAUUCGUACCAUCGACUUAAUUUUUAGUAUGAAUGCGAUUCAUUUUAGGUGCCUAAAUUGAACUGAGUUGCAUUGGAAUCGUUCUGUAAAAGUUGAUGGUAGGCCUGCAGGUCUCAAUGAUAGUGUUACAUACUCUGUUUUCACCCUAUGACGUUUCGAAUUAAAUAUUUUUCCUUAUUCAUCCAACUUUUAUUUUUAUCUAUAUGUUUUCUCAUUAACAUAUGCUUCGUAUGAGCAAGGAAAGCAUCUCGGAAGAAUGUGAGAAAACAUUUCAAAAGUAUGCAAUUGGAUGAGCAAGGAACUGGUUUCGGAUGAAAACGGAACAAACUGAUAUAAAGUAAUGACAUACGUGAGCAUUAUAAAAUUGUAGAUUUUAGGUUCAUAAAACUCUUUCCUUGCAGGCAAUAAUGUAUGAACUAAUUUAAUAUUAGUAAUAAAUAAUAUCCUAUUUUAACAUAUUUUAUACAUACUAUAGGAUCUUGUUCAUAAAUAUCUAAAUUUAUUUUUGUAUUAAGUCAUAUUAAAAUUAAAAAUAUAAAUACCUAUAUACGUAAACUAUAAAUUAAAUUAGAGAAUAUUUGUGUAUUGGUAUAAAAACCUUCUCCACGGAUAUAUACGGUUAUAUCCUUGUGAUAAUAUUUUGAUAAUUCCUAGUAAUUAUAAAUUAAUGCCACUUUAUAAUUAACCUGAAAUGUUCUUAGUUAUAACCUUUUAAUUUGUAUUAUUAUUAAAAUAUAUAUUAUUUAUUAAAACAUUUAUAGAUAUAAAGCAGCUAAAAUCCGAAACACAGCUAUUUCUCGCUUUAUCAGGGUAUAAAUAGAUGCAGUUGGUAAAAUCUAGGUGCCAACAGAUUAUCUUCGGAUACAAUCAGUUAAAACCAUUUGCAGUUGGUUAAAACUUGGCCUAAAAUUAAUGUUACUUUUGGCUUUAACUACCGAUGAGCAGCUGCAUCGUGUUAUAUCCGGAUAAAACUGGAUUUAUCUGGAUUUAGCUGCCAUUUAUAGCAGUCAUAGAUAUUUUUAAAAGUAUUUUAUUAUAUAUGUCUACUGGUGAUUAAAAUUCAUAAGUCUAGUCUAUGCGUAUAAUGUAAAUUAGACCAACUUUAUCCCAGUUGAAUUAUUUAUUUCUAAGGUCUAAAUCACACAGCUAAGAAUUACUAGUUUAGGUACAUUAUGUCUGAUUUAGGCCUUAAAAAUUAGAGAUUUUCAAUCGCCUGAAUUAAAAAAUAUAAAAUGACAUACAUAUUUUGUCAUAUUGCAUAUGUGGGGCGUGCGGAAAAUAUAAUUUGUUAGUAGUAAACAAUAUUUAACUUUCCAUAAUUAAUCAGUCGAUUGAAAAGUGAACUCUGUAUUUUUAUCAUAGAGUGUAUUUUGCUUUGUAAGCAAGAAGUUUGUAUGUACAAAUUUUGUGACGUUAACCAGUAUUAAACAUUUUUGUAUGCGAGUUUGUGUAAGACUUAGUACGGUAUGUACUUAUUUAUUUUUAAAUUAUUUAAAAGUAAAUAAAAUAAAAAGUGUUAUGAUAAUAAAAUAUUUAAGAAAUA